AUGCUGCUUAACAAAGUAUUAUUAGAAACAAUAACAAAAAAACAACCACCUAUUAUUAAGUAUUCAAUAGCUGGCUAUUGUACCAAAGGUGGAGAUUGGCAUGAUGAAAGGCGUCCCAUUGGCAAAAGAGAAUGGGUUGGAUAUGGUCUUUAUUCAUCACCUAAUUAUUUUGAUAGAAUUGAUUGCCCCAUGCCAGCUGUUAGGUUUAAGGAAAUUACUGGGGAUUUGGUAGGUUUGAAAGAAAAGGAAAAGGGGGAUUGGAAAAAUUUAACGAUGGAUGAAAAAAAGAAGUUGUACAGGGCAAGUUUUCGACAAACUUUUGCCGAGGUAAAUGCACCUACAGGUGAAUGGAAAUCUACAUUGGGUGCAUUACUUUUUAUCUCUGGUUUGGGAAUUUGGUUAUACAUGGCCUGUUACAAAUAUGUGUUACCAAAAUUACCGAGCACAUUUAGUGAAGAACAUAGGCAAAAAAUGUUCAGGCAUAUGCUUGUUAAUAAAUAUGGUCAUUUGAGUGGUGUAUCAUCAAAAUGGGACUAUGAAAAAGAUGACUGGAAAUAA